AUGGCAUUGCCUUUCGUCAAGAAACUAACUUCCUUGAAGUCACCCUUAAAGAACCAACUAGGACCAAAACCCUCCUCACUGAGGGCAUCACCAUCGAGGACAAACUUAUCAUCCCUCUCCCCCCAAAGGAGGUUGCCCCCAGAACCCUACAAAUCAAACUGGCCAAUGUUCCCCUCCAUGUCCCAAGGAAAAAGCUGGAAGCGGAUAUCACCAACUAUUGGGCCCAAAGACAAUGCCUUGAAAGCCCCUGUCACAUGGGAAUAUGAAGGCACUACUGUUCUUGCAAACUGGAGGGGUGCACCUCCAUCCUGUCUCUCUUGUAAAUCCGCUGGUCACUUUUCCAACAUCUGCCCCACUUUCCCACCAAAAAAGACGAUGGCCGAGACCCUGAAGAAAUCGAUCGACAGCAGCACAAACAAAACCCCCAAGUUU